ACAACCACACCUGUGCUGGAUCCCUCCUCAAUUCUCAGGUGAACCCAGGAAUCGCUACGCAGUUCUUACGUCAGACCUAAUGUACUACUUGUACAUUUGUACUGCAACUCAGCCAUGACGGUGUUGCUGGACUGAACUUCAGGCCUAACAUUAGUGAACAAGGCAGCCUACCUAGAUUUUUUAAUGGGGGUGUGUGGGACAGACAAAGCUGGACAUCUUCCUCCUCAAGAUUCAGAAGCUGAAGCAGCAGGUUGAUGUGAUGGAUGAUGGCUCUGCAUACACUUGCUGAAAGGUUUGCUCAUGGACGCAACAGUGUUUUAUCUUAUAACCUCGCCAAAUCAGACACAGACGCCCAAACUAAAUAACAAAAUACAAAUUAUUCACUUAGACUAGCACACCACAAACAUGCCAGAGUCAAGUAUUGGUCUGGUGGUAAGGUGACUAACGCUCGUGUCACAGUUGACCGGGCCCAUGUUCAGUGCACGAGUUAGUAGUUAGUAGUAGGAGAUCAUGUCAAGAUUAGCGAACCCAACAUCUCUAUGUCAAGAACAGAGAACCCAAUGAUCUUCAUGUAAUGAAAAGGUCAACCCAAAUGUCUUCAUGUAAAGAAAAGCAAACCCUUGACAAAAAAAAAACCUAACCUAACCCAACCCUACCUAACCUAACCGUAUCAUGUCAAGAUUAGCAAACCCACUCACAGCAGGGUUCGCUAUUCUUUACAAGAAGAUUAUUCGGUUCGUUAUUCUUUUACAUGGGAAUAAUCUGGUUCGUUGUUCUUGACAUGAACACUUCGGUACUUCGGUACCAGACAUUUCAAUAACUGAUUAAAUUCAAAAGCUUCUGUUCACUAGUUAACCAUUAUGAACCCUCACUGGUUCAAUAACUGUUUUCAUAUACUGAUUUUAAUUUCUUUAUUCAGAUAUCCAGGAACAGAUCUACCGUACGUUCACGGAAGGUUAGGUUAAGUUAGGUUAGGUUAGAUGGAUCGUGUCAAAUCUUGACAUGAUCUUUUGUAGGGUAGGCUGGUUGUAUAUCACCAGCCUUCUCGCCACACUACCAGUUGUGCUCAUCCUGCAUGUAAUCAUGUCCUUUCAUCAGAUAACACCGGUGUCCACAAUCACACCUUCCCCACCAACCGCAACAACAGUCUGUUUUGGACCAAUGGUUUUGCAUGGUUUAUUUUGUUUUACGUAAUGCAAGACUGCGUUAUCCAUUCUCUCUCUCUCUCUCUCUCUCUCUCUCUCUCUCUCUCUCUCUCUCUCUCUCUCUCUCUCUCUCUCUCUCAUGCCAAUAACAUGCCGAUAACAGUUUCAUCAGGUCUGGUACUCCUGUUGAAGUUUGGCGUUGAGGGCGGUCGACGGAACAGGGAUGAUGUAUUUACGUGACAUUCAAAGUGGUAACCGCGGAGGCCAACGGAAGGUAACUUAGUGAUUCAGCCGUGUGGUAGAUAUUUAGAGAAGGUCAAACACCAGUCUGUGAAGAGGUGAAAAGGAGAAGCAAAGGCCAUACCCUCAUCGACGCCUGACGGCUCUACUCAGGUGAACGAUUGCUAAGGCUGACGCUGGAGGAACACCGAGGAACAAUAGGAUUGUAUUCGCAAACGUUUAUGUUUCUUUUAAUAGGAUCUAAUGGAAGCUAUUAUUAUUAUAGAGUUUUCAAGGGAUUUUUAUGAUCCUAGUGAUAGUUUAGGAAAAACUUUCAUGGAAAUCUGACUAAUAAUUUUUGUGGUCUUAGAAAAUAGUGUUAAUGAGACCCCAGCACGUUUCAAUAUAUGGAUCCUGACGUUAAAGUUACCUUGAAACUGAUAAAUACUCGUUCAGUGAGGAAAAAAAGGUGAAUGUGUGAUAGAGUUUCUGGGUUACAGGGCGUUGUUUCGAGAGUGAACAAAUUCCUGUCAUGGGGAACUCCGAUACACUAGAAGGUAAUAUUUUACACACACACACACACACACACACACACACACACACGUACGCAUGUAAUCUAACAAUUUGUGGGUUUAAAGACUUAAGGACUAUUUUCAAAUGGUUGCAAGUCCUAAGCCUCCGCACAUGAACGCCAAACAGUGCACCAGUGUCCAUUCUGUCAUGCUAUGUAGGCGGUAUAACGCAGCUUCCACUUCGAGAUUACUUAUGGUUUCUUGAUGAUAAACCGUGUUUGAUGUGUCCGCUUGUAUUAAUCUUUCAUUUAUUUUCCAAUUAAAUCAUAUUUAUGGAAACUACUAGAUGCUGGUCCAUAUUGUAAACUAUUAAGUAUAAUUUACCAAUCCCUGACGAAUAAUUUUCCAUGGAAGUAAGUUUUUGUUUCAGCGAAAAUCAUGGACUUUCUGAGCCUUGCUGCUUUGGCCAUGAUUAUGACAUGUCCGGGUCUCCAGGCAACCCAACAGAGUAGCAAGCACAACAGCCAAGUUAUUCAUCCCACUACACGGUCUAAUUCAGGAGUUUUCGACGGUGUCCUUACCCAGCAACAUGGGGCUCUCUUUGCUACUAAGUCGUGGGGUUCUCACGAUGACGCACAGCUUGGUAAGUUUCCUCCAAAUCAUCGCAGAAUGAAGCCAAAAGUCAACAAAUACGUCAAGAGAAGCAAGAGUUCGCUCGUUGGGACUGAGGAGAUAGUACAAGAGAACGUAACUUCAUUUUUUUAUCUUGAUAAACCCUUAGAGAACAAGAUAGAUCUAUUCUUCUUUAGCCAUCUAGUAGCGGCCAUGACGCAGCAGAUGAGCACCUGCGAGCUGGUGGUGGCUUAUGACGACGGCUACAGUGACCCUAGGGUGCUUGAGGGCGCCCUGUCGCUGUCUAACGUGAAACAGGUGGUUCAUGUGAAGAAGACCGAGGACUUUAAGAAGCUGGUGUGGCUGUCACCAGGUUGCCGCGGCUACGUAAUGCUGCUACACAGACUGGAGGUGCUUAUCUCCUUUCUCGAUAUUGACCGGGACGCGUGGGACUAUGACGGCAGGUACGUGGUGAUGGCGCUGUCGGUGUCACAACUCGACAUGAUGACAAGGACAGACAAAGGAAGGAAGACUCAACACCUCAUUGGAGUCGUCAAGUCCCGUCAGGAGCACGAGUGGCGGCUGUACACCAAUCAGCUCUACUGGGGCAAGGGUAUGCGGCCCCUCACUACCUGGCGUGGACGCGGCUUCACUUCCAGCCCUGUCUUCUUCCCGGACAAGCUGUCGGACCUGCGUGGCGUCACUCUUAGGACAGUGACCUUCCAGUGGGAGCCGAGCAUCAUGUAUCAGCGGGCGGGCAACGGCGGGAUAACUCUCCGGUACGGCGUGGACAUCUCGGUCACUAGACUCCUCGGCCACGCCAUGAAUUUCUCAGUGCGAUUUGAUGAGCCAGCAGAUGGCGAGCUGUGGGGGCGGCAGAAUGAAGACGGAUCGUGGACUGGCCUCAUGGGAGCGCUGGAUCGAGAUGAGGCGGACAUGGGCGUGGCCAACCUGUUCCUCUCCUACAGAAGAAUUGGGGUGGUGGAUUUCAGUCUCCCUUACGAUUUUGAAGAGUCGUGCUUCCUGGCCAGGACGGAGCCACCCUUGCCUCGAUGGCAGGCUCUUUCAUUCCCUUUCCAGUGGGGUACUUGGAUCGCUAUUCUCGUUGGUCUUCUGGUCUCCGGCCCUCUUCUUUACGUCCUGACCCUGGCAGGGGGAUGGUGUGAUGGCUUCACGGACGCAAGACCUUCCCUGGCCUCUUCUUGGCUCGACACAUACGGCCUCCACCUACGAGAGACACAAGUGCAUCCUCCAAGUCGGGGUAGUACGCAGGUGCUGGUUUCCUUCUUGUGGUUGUAUACCAUGAUCCUGACCAUUGCCUACUGCACUAACCUGAUCGCCUUCCUGCUGGUCAACAAACUUCCCGCCUCCAUCCAGACUAUAAGGGAGUUGGGUGACUCAAAUCUCGAUGUGGUCGGUGUGGGCGAUAUCUUCAAAAAAUUACUGGUGGAGGCGAGCGAUCCUAAUGUCAAAGUUUUAGCUGACAAUUAUAAAACAGUAGGGUCGAAAGAGGACGCUCUGCGACAAGUACUGAUGGGAAGAGCGGUUUUUCUGGAAAAUCAAGGUUUUGUUGAGUUCGUGGCUCAAACGAAGUUCAUCAAAGGCGGCGUCUCCCGCACUAGAAUGAUGCAGGAGUGUUUCGCACCUCAUUAUAUCGCAAUGGGACUGCAGCGCCGCACUCCGCUCAAGCAGAAGGUGGACGAAGUGAUAAAUUGGCUUCAGCAGAGCGGGCUUAUUCGUCACUCUUUUGAAACCUCCUUGAGAAUGGCUGCCUCCAAUGAGAGGAACAAAGCCGCUGACAAGGAUGAAGGGGAGGUGGAGGAGGACACUCUCACUGCACUUAACUUGGACCACAUGCAGGGCAUCUUCCUCAUCCUCCUGGUGGGAUUCUUGCUGGCCGCGUUUUCCUUCCUAGGGGAACGAAUCUCGUUUCCAAGAGACGCCUCUCAAGAGUAAUCCAUUUCUGAAAAAGCAAAUCUGCAAACUCAUAUUUUACAUAAGCCGCAAAUCAGCAAACUUCUUGAAAUUUACUGUUCGACAAAUGCAAACAAACGCAAAUAAUUUGUAUCGCCUUCAGUAGCACAUCAUCAAAUCGAUUAUAUCUAGGAUACUAUUAGAAUAUUUUCAUCAAGUUACAAAACAUAACUUUUAAGAGGUUAAAAUGAUCUUUAGUUACUAAUCUACUUCUAUACUCUUUAA